AUGGACCGGACCAAGAAAUUCCCGCAGACGUACACUGGAUCGGGAUUGGUUGUGGGCAGCACGGACGGAGCGAACAGGACUUGGCUUUGGCCUUGCCCACAGACGGUCGCGAAGAAUCGGAGGUCCUUUCUGUUGGAUUGUCAGCCGAUGUGUCUCUUCUCAGCUCGUUGCUUGCCUUUGGUGGAUCGCUCUUGUGAAAGAAGGCCUUCUGAGCCUCAAGGUGGCCAAGCUCGCCUUGCCAGUGUCAACAUCGGGAUCGAGCCCCCAAAUGACCAGCUCAACAAAGAGCCUGUGGAUCAUUCGCUGUGUGAGUUUUUUGUGAUAGCCCAUUGGAGGUGCGUUUCCUUCACAUGUCAUCCAUCGUGUUUGGUUUGCUCCAGUUAUUCCUCAGUUUGCAGUGACCCUUGGACUUUGUGA